AUGCAAUCUCAACCACCGCCUGGUUUUGUUCUUCCUAACAUCCUCUCCUCGCCUACACUAAAAUGCCAAGAUAACCUAACAAAUUGGAUUGUCAAGCCAAUCUCGCAAGACAAACAAGCCAAAAUUGACAAAAAACUACUCGAUGCUGUUAUUUAUGACAAUCUUGCUUUUAGAAUAGUUAAAAAUCCCUACUUUCAUGAGUUUCUCAAAGAACUUGCUCCAAAUUAUUCUCCACCCUCUGCUGAAACAUUAAGCACUAAAAUUCUUAAUAUUUCAUUUUCAACUUACUUGGCUAAGAAGUUUAAAGUCAUGUCGUCUCUUACUGACAUUACUGUUGCUUUAGAUGGUUAG